GGCGAAGUUGAAAGAGUUACCGUACGGUGAGCUAGCAGUGUGAGUCACUCGCAACGCUGGGCACAAGGCAAGCGAGUAGUGUGAUUAAACCACCGUUAUUCAUUCAGAUGGAGAGUUAGUUAUGGAGUAAAUUCGGACAAAAAGGAAAAGUUAAACGGGCAAAAAUGUCAUCUAUUUUGGAAAGACCACAACUCGCCUCGCGGGGUGCCCGACCCGAAGAUGGAGUUACUGAUAUGACAAUUAUCAGUGAUAUUGAUGAGAAAGGAAUUAAUAUCAAUUUGCGAACCCGAUAUAAAAGGGACCAGAUUUAUACUUAUACAGGGUCCAUUCUGGUGGCAGUUAAUCCAUACAAAGAGAUGCCCAUAUAUGAACAGAAGGAUGUGUCCGAGUUCCAUGGGAAGAAGAUGAGCAUGGUGGAGCCUCAUAUCUUCUCUAUCAGUGAGGCAGCCUUUCAGAGCCUUCGUACCUCAGAAGUGAACCAGUCCUGUAUCAUCAGUGGGGAGAGUGGGGCAGGAAAGACGGAGAGUACCAAGUUUAUCCUACAGUACUUGUGUAGUGUAACCAAUCAUGUGUCUUUUUGGGUGGAACAACAAAUUCUGGAGGCCAAUACCGUCCUUGAAGCCUUUGGUAAUGCCAAAACAGUGCGAAACGACAACUCCAGUAGAUUUGGAAAAUUUAUGCAAGUGUGUUUUGAUGAUUCGUGCCAGAUUAAGGGUUGUAUAGUACAGGACUACUUGUUGGAACAGUCCCGGAUCACAUUCCAGUCCCCAAACGAACGUAACUAUCAUGUGUUCUAUCAGUUUGUCGCAGCAGCGCAGGCUGCACCUGAACUCAAGGAACAGUUCCACAUACAAGCGGUGGAAAGUUAUUCCUACCUCAAUCAAAGUGGCUGCUAUGUACUCAAUGGCAUCAAUGAUUUGACCAUGUUCGACCGGCUACGACUGGCCAUGAACGUUCUCAACAUUCCCCAACAAAUGUCCGAUGGGAUAUUCUCGGUGCUAUCUUCCAUUCUGUUACUUGGUAACCUGCGAUUUGGAGAUGUAGUAGAGGGUGAAGGGAGUGAGGUGUUGGCUGAGGACGCCGAUGUCCUCAACACCAUCUGUGACAUGUUAGGUUUUGUUCCUGAAGACCUCACCAAAGCCUUGCUCUUCAGGCAGAUCCAGGUCCGAGGGACGGUCACCAGUAUACCUUACAGGUUCCAGGAGGCAAGUGAGAACCGCCAUGCCAUGGCCAAGGCCCUGUACUCCCGUACCUUUGCCUGGCUGGUGGAUGCUAUCAACAAGUGUACCAACCCCGGCCAACACCAGACCAAGUUCCUCGGCGUACUUGACAUCUUUGGAUUUGAAAAUUUUCAGACAAACAGCUUUGAACAGCUCUGCAUCAACUAUACAAACGAAAAACUCCACAGAUUCUUCAACCAUUAUGUAUUUGCCUUGGAACAAGAACUGUAUAAUGAAGAGGAAAUCUCUUUUUCACACAUCACCUUUACGGAUAACACGGAAUGUGUGGAGCUCCUGGAGAAACCUCCCAGGUGUAUACUCAAGAUCUUAGAUGAAGAAUGUAGAUUUCCUCAGGGUUCAGACAAGUCCUACCUGUUGAAGCAGCAUGAGGCGUUCGAGAACCAUUCAUGUUACAUCAAGGGUAAGGACAGACGGACAUGGGAGGUGGAAUUUGGGGUGCGACACUACGCAGGCGUGGUGAGGUACCGUGCCCAGGGCUUCCUCGACAAGAACAAAGACACACAACAAGACCAGCUGUUUGAACUCAUGUACAACUCAAACAAUGCUUUUGUGGAGGAUCUCACAAGGUUUCAGGAUCUUCUGGGAGUUCGACUGGAAGAUCUUGGAGGUAGACAGACAAUAUCCCGUACAUCACGAGGCAAGCCAACAGUUGGGGACACAUUCAAACACCAGUUAUCUGCCCUUGUAGACAUUCUCCAUCUCACCAACCCAUGGUAUGUUAGAUGUCUGAAGCCAAACGCUGGUAAGAAGCCUGACAAUUAUGUAGAUGAUGAGGUACUGACACAACUGAGCUACUCUGGCAUGCUGGACAUCAUCCGCAUCAAAAGGGAGGGGUAUCCAGUUCAUGUUCUAGUGGAGACAUUCUUAGAGAAGUAUGGAUGUUUGCUGAAAAAACAGGCUGAUCAGGAGGAUCCUCGCAUUCAGGUCAAGAACAUCCUCAAUGUACUGAACCUCCCCUGUACCGAAUGGCAGGUCGGGAAGACGCAGGUGUUCAUGAGAAACUCUGUGUUUGAGCCCUUGGAGGAGAGAAGGUUCCAUUUUUUACAACUCAAUGCCUUACUUAUCCAGACUGUGUGGCGUGGAUAUGUGUGUCGUCGGGAUUAUCUGAGGAAGAGAGAAGCUGUCCUAAUACUUCAAACAAACUUCAAGUGUUUCCGGUACAGGAUAGCCUUCCAGAGGAAAAGGCGUGCUACCAUUUGUAUACAGAAAUAUGCCCGAGGAAUGUUUGCCCGAAAGCUAGCAAAGCAGCGUAGGGAACAGAAGCGUAUUGAAGAAGAAAGGAAACGGAAGAAGCGACUCGAAGAGGAGAGAUUGGCUCGCGAGAAAGAAGAAGCAGACAAAGAAGUCAUAGAACAAUCGCUAAAAGCCUCCCAGUCAGAGUUGGACUCGCUGACCAGCCUGAUAGGGUCUAUGUGGACACACUUCAACCCGCCAGUAUCUCCCACCAAUCUCAACCUUGAUGACAUGUUCAGCUUCCUCCAGGAGGAAAAACACGAAAACAACAAAGACGCCAAAGGAUCUACACAACAAGCCCUUGAUAAAAUCAACGAAGAGUUUGAGCUUCUCAACGACCUGCUAACUGAAGACAUGGAAAAGACUAAGGAGGAGGCAAAACAGGAAGAAACAGAUAUUCUGGAGGAUUUGGACCGCAUUGUUAAUGGCCAGGAUCUACCCCCACCUCCACCACAGAUGCAAGAGUCGAUUUAUGAAGAGCUGCCCCUCCCACCAUUUGAAGACCUUCCACCUCCCCCAGCGAUGACCGACUCUGUGGGCCCGAUUAUUCCUCCUCCUCCACCUGGUCCGGCACCUGCCCCUCCCGGCAGAACAUCUUCUCGCAGUUCAACAGGUCCCUUAUCUCCCCGCUCACUUCCACCAGAAAUUUGCAUCCCACCGCCGCCACCAUUGGAGGAUGACUAUGUACCAGCCCCUCCUCCUCCACCGCCCCCUGUACCAUCAGUAGGAGGUCCCCCACCCCCUCCCCCACCUCCAAAUAUUGGUCCUCCUUGCCCACCACCCUCAUUACCUUUACAAUCAUCGACACGUCCCCCUUCAUCACUAUCGAUUGCUACUCCCACAUCAGAAACAUUUGAGUCCCUAUCGUCAUAUGACGACAACAUGUCAGAAAUCCUAGAAAUGCAGAAUGUUUUAUCACAAUUUGAAAAAGGUGUUGAUACGCCUCCGACCAAACGCCCACCGAUACUGCCACCACCCCCAACUAUUCCGGCCCCACCCCCACCACCAGAGGCUGUAACAGCCAGAGUGACCAAGCGUCCUCCAUCUAUAGACCUCAAGACUGGACGCAAGUCUUCAGAACUGCCCCCAUCAUAUGUAGAAGUCCUGUCACCCACAACUGAACGGAAACUUCAUCGUAUGAUGUCAGAUAAGUCAGAUGAUGGUGGUAUACCAUCUCAACAUCCACAACAAAGGGUGCCACCUAUUGCCAGACAACUACCCAAUGGGGAGAUAACUCCAACGACUCCAGUCCGAGAAAAUGGCUUCUUAGCCGAGGAUUACUACUAUGAUAUUCAGGAAUUUGCCAAUAAAUAUUUCAAUGACCAUGUUAAGGAUGUAGGCGGUACCAUCAUGAAAAGUCUACGAAAGAAGAGACACUCGGCAGAAGACCUAGUGAGUAAGGAGGAGAUGCUGACCUUCAGUAAAACAGGGGUGAUUCCCACCUCACAUGUCCAUCUCCAUGACCCAGAGAAUAACCACCAGGCUUGUAUGAUAUUCAAGGACAUCACAGAGUACAUAAAGGAUGAGAUCAAGGACACCAACGCCCUGACGGUUGUCCAGAACAUGAUCAAGGCAGGCUUGGAGAGGAUAGAACUUCGUGAUGAGAUUCUGUGUCAGAUCAUCCGACAGAUAAAUCAGAACCCAGAUAGAAACUGGCUCAUACAGGCCUGGGUGUUACUGUGUCUGAGUACCGCUGCUUUCUCCCCCAGUAAAACCCUUCACAAGUAUAUCCUGUGUUAUGUGAAGAAAAGCUGCAGUGACAGUAUGGUGGGAAAGUUUGCCCUACAAUGUCACAGACAUCUGACCGUGCCCCGAGCUAUGGCUCGCAAAUUCCCACCAUCAACAGCAGAAAUCAUGAGUGUACAGAACCUGAGUCCACUGGUAUGUAAGGUAUACUUUAUGGAUGGGAAGACAAAGGGCAUCACCAUCAUGCCGUGCGACACGACUCUGGAGGUGUUAGAUAACGUGGCCAGGAAGAUUGGUCUGAGGGCUGUCGAGGGUUGGGCCCUGUAUGAGGUAACCAGUGAUUAUGAGAGAUACAUCAAGGGAUAUGAGUAUGUUGCAGAUGUUUUGGCUCAGUGGGAAAUUCAUGAAAGGAUGUCUUCAAUUCCAAAGAAAUAUGACACUGUGUCUAAGAAAGGACCAAAAAUGGCAAUAGGAGGCUCUGAUGCCAGGCUGGUGUUCCGUAAACGUGUAUACAAACAUAUUCAUGACAUUCCAAACGACCCUGUGGAGUACCGCCUUCUGUACGCUGAGGCUGUCAACAAAGUGAUAAGAGAUGAGUUUCCUGUGUCAGACAAGGUAGCACUACAACUGGCAGGCCUUCAGGCCCAGGUGGUGUGUGGGGAGUAUGAGGAGGGCAAGGACUCCAGGUACGUAGAGGUAGAACAGUACCUAUGUGAGAGGAUCCUUAACUUACCUGGGCGUGACUGGUGUGAGGAAGUGGCGUCUGCCCACAGGCACUUUGGACGAGGUAAAACGGAGCUGGAGGCGCAAGUAUGGUACAUCACCUGUGUAAAACAGUUUCCGCUCUACGGGUGUACGCUCUUCCCGAUCGUCCACAAGGGACUCUGGUCACACACCAGUGAUUCCAUCCUUGCUAUCAAUAUGGACGGCAUCAAGUUUGUCAAGGCCAGGGACAAAUCCGUCAUCCACGCAUUUACGUACUCGGACAUUGAAACCAUCACUAUUGAUCCCAAUGAUAAUUACAUAACUUUGGAAUUGAAGAGUUCAAUUGAAGGGGAAUGUCAACAAAGAUGUUUCGUAUUUGAGACCAGUCAGAAGGAAGACAUUGGUAACCUGAUUGCAAGCUAUUCUCCAAACCAUGCGUCAUGGCUGAAACCAGAAUACGAAAGCUUAAAGCGGUCUAAGCUGACCGACGAGGAGAAACUGAAGCUGUACGAGGAGUUAGUGCGGUGUAGACGACAGCUGUUUGACAGUCGACUGUUACACCGCCCUGUACAGUCUGGUAACACUGGCUUCCUCAGACAGUCCAUCAGAAAGCUGACCAAGUCUAAGCUAGAUCGACUGAGGAGUUCCUCAAUGUCCAAUCACUUUGAUGUGAGCUACUGGUCAUACAACAAGUCGGCUCCAAAACAGCCACUCACUGUAAUCUCUGACCCUACCAUCGAGGAGUUAGCCAUCAAAAUGUUCAACUCUAUCCUCAUAUUCUCCGGCCUGGAGGAGACAGAAAAAGAAGAAAAGCCUGACUAUUAUGGGAUGGUUCAGAGGUUGAUGCAGAAAUGCCUAGAAAACGACCAGUUAUGUAAUGAAUUUUUCCUGCAGCUGGUGAAACAGACUACAGAUCAUCCAGGCAAAGGGUAUGAUCGAUACAAAGUUGUCACCCCUCUGGGUAAGGCUAAAUCAUCACUGCUAGCUAUGGCUACUGGAUACUGCGCUUCUGGAAAUGUAUCAUCCAGCCAACACAAGGUUGGAAACACGUGCGAACCCUAUCCAAACAGUCAGGUGAACAGAAGGAACUGGCAACUGAUGGGCGUCACCGUGAGUACAGUAUUCCCGACCAACAAUCGUGUACAGAAAUAUGUACAGUGUCACCUACGUAAGUGUUCCCUGGACUCCACGACAGACGAGGGCCGCUAUGCCAGGUUCUGUCACAAGUGUUUGACCAGGACGACAGAGAAGAAGAGAAGAAAGUUCCCUCCCUCUAGGAAGGAGAUACAGUCUCUAACAGAAAGGCGACCGGUUCAUGAGAGAGUAUAUUUUAUGAAUGGGGAGCAUCGGAGUGUUGAAUUUGAUUCUGCUUCAACAUGUAGUGAGUUGAUAAAAGUAGUCAAAGCCAAAAUAGGAAUGAGGUCAGAUGCAGAGUGCUUCUCACUUUACGAAUAUGUGGGAGGUUCUGAAAGGAACAUGUAUCCAGAGGAACGACUAUCAGACAUGCUCAGUAAGUGGGAGAGGUUGGCCCACGGCACCAACAUCAGGGACUUCCGAAUAGUAUUCAAGAAACGCCUGUUCAUAGACCCGUACAUCAACCCACUGGACCCUGUUGAGUGUGACCUAGUCUUCCAUCAGCUCAUCGAGGACAUGUUCGAACACAGACUUCCGCUCUCCUCGCAAGAUGCUGUCCAGUUAUGUGCCUUAAAGAUUCAAUCAGAGAUGGACGACAUGAAAUGUGCUGAAAUUGACUACAGUUCGGUGAUUCGUAUCCUACCGCGAGACAUGCGGACCGAGGUGAAGGUGGAGGAUAUCGCAGUAGCCCACAAGACAGUGAUGAACAUGACACCUGGCCAAGCCAUGCUCGCUUUCAUCGAGCUGCUGAAAUCCUGGCCUCUGUUCGGGGCCACCAUCUUCCAAGUAUUCCAAAACUACACCUCAUCCUUACCAAAGAACAUGCUGCUGGCAAUCCAUCAACGAGGAAUCCAUAUACUGGAGAUCAUCAGUUUUAAGCUGAUUGCAUCUUACGAAUUCUCUGAAGUUGUCCAUUCUAGUCCCGCAAUGAAGAGUAUCAUGAUAAUCGUUGGCCAUGUUGCCAAGGGAAACAAAUUCAUGUUUAGUACCAAUCAAGCAUUUGAGAUUGCACAUCUCAUUAAGGAUUACAUAGAGGAACUACAGGCAAGGUUCCUCAUUUUACCUCGACGACCAGAGAGCACAAUUCAUGACAUGAAUAGGAUGUCUGCUGUCUUCUUUGAUGACUCACCUACGCAGAUCAUACAAACUCUUGUAUGAUAGGAUAGUUUACAAUGAUCAUACAAGCUCUUGUAUGAGAGGACUUUUCACAAAGAUCUUACAAACUCUUGUAAUACUAAGGAUCAAUCUCUUUUAUGAUAGAAAGGGACCUGAUACCCAUUGACAGAGUUGGUGGACAGAUGUUGAGCUCGUACGAUUCGGUGUGGAAGCAAUAUUUCAUGGUCAUACAGAUCCUUGUAUGAUACUAUGAAGAUGUAUUUGUUUUGCUAGGAAGAAAGUUUUUUGACACAUGUACAUGCCAAGAAGCAAUGGAGAAUGAAAUCUCUGUUUCGUGUUAAAAAGAUUAUGAGUGAUAAAUUGUGCAAUAGUGUGACUUAAUGGCAGAAUCUCUAUUUGUGAUAGAAAGAUGUGAUCUGGGUCAAAAGGGAGGACAAUAAUCUGCUGUUCAUCCAGACUGUGUGAUAUAGCAAGGACAUUGUGGGGAACCUUUUCCCAGAAAGAAAUUUCCUUGAAGCUUCUCCAGCGAGAAGAACAUGUUCCAUGGAUGUAUGUGUAGAAUGUCAAGAGUUGGGCCUGUGUAUAUGCUGUUACUGAAGUUUUGUGAUAUAUAUAUGACAUGGAGCAGGGAACAAAGGAUAUGCAAUGACAUUGUGUUACACCAGCCUUAUGCAAUAUGUGAAGAUGUGCCCACCUAUGAUGUUAAUAGCUAAUACUGUUUGCCUCUAAGUGGUUGUAGUUUCCAGUACAUAGCCAAUGUUGCCAUGUUAUAUUAUGGUGGAGCCUAUCAUUCUGUAAUAUUGCAGAAUAAUUACUGUCCCAAACCUAUAAAUACAAUUAUCAAAAUAUUCAAUGCUGUCAAAUUUACUUUCAUUUAUAAAUCAAUAAUGGGCGUUAUAUCAAAGUGUUACUCAAAUAUUGAAGUGUUACCUGGUACUCUGCCAUUAACAGAAAAACAAAAAUGUAUUAUGUGCUCAAUUAUAGCAUAGUGCUAAAUUUCCAAAUAUAGAACCACAAUCAAAUUGCUCAUGUAGGAUGUUCUGUUAAUAGUAUUACAAUGUAUUAUACAACUGAAACUCAAAAUAUACUUCAAAAUCAAAAUAUCUUAUCUAUUUUCUGAUCUAAUGCAAGUAGAUUUUAAAUCACCGGUAUAUGAUAUGAGAGAAUUGGCAGAACAAAAAUUUGAAUCGAAGUAACAACAAAAUGGCAAACAAAAUGGCUGAGUUUGAUGUCACACGGUGCUCUGAGGACCAGAUCACUGUUUGCUGGUACGUGUACAUUGCUGAAAAAUUCUCUCCAGAUAUUUUACAAGCUCAUUUACCACAUUUAUGUAUUUUUUUGGUGUUAUUCAUCACUAAUACUUAAAACACUCUAGUCAUUCAUCUUUUGUUUUGAUAAUAUUGAUCUGAUUUACAAUUUGAUAAGCAAGUACAAUGGCAUAAUUUAUGUAUAAUUUAAUAUGUCCGUCUUAGUUUUAUGCUAAAAACUUAUUUGUGUAAUAACUGAAUUCAGAUUUGAUAAUGAACAUAAAAUGUACUGUAUUCAUCUGCAAAUAAGCCACUGGCCUGGAGAAAAAAAAGAAAAAAAAAA